AUGACCCCUCCCUCUAUCUGUUGCAUCUUCCUUUCCACAAACUCAUCAAUGUCCCUUUUACGCAGCUUAUACUACGGAGCAAUCCUGCUUCUGGCCGUCAAUCUUUUGAUUGUCAACGCCAUGGCCAUAUCUCCCGAUGCUCAAGACGGCACUAGAGUCGAUGCCGACAAGGACACUGUUCAAGGAAAACUGUCUGCUCACGAGGUUGAAAAGAAGUUCUCGUACUUGCGGCCCUCCUUCUUGACUCGGCGUAGACUUAUGAACCACGAGAUUGGCAACGACGACGAUCCUAUGGUCUAUGAAACACCGUACGAUUACGCUGCGGAUGCAAGACAGCAACGGGACUGGCUUCUAUCCUUGGGUGCAGACCCUAAUACUAUGGUUCUGCAAAGCGAAAUCAAAAACCAUGUUCCGCCCCGCGACAACGAACCAGAUGCAGAAUACGCUGCUCAUUAUCUCACCACCAUGAAAGAUAUGAUUAAACGCGAUGUCAUGAUAUUAAAUGAUCAGAGUACAGGGGAUUCGGUCGCCACUGGGUUUUGGCUCCCAGACGGAAGACAUUUUGAUCUUGGUCCCGAAUCAGGUGUAACCAAAGGCGAGUUCAAAGCUUUUGGUCAGUGGUGGAUUGGAGUCUAUGAUGUUGAAGGCGAAAUUGAGGUACCAGAGAGGUGCUUGAAAUUUGAAACCGUGGAUGAAGAUGGGGAAGAGUCGUAA